AAGGAAUCAAAGGAAAGGAUUAACUUCUAACUAAGGAACCAGGUCAGACAGAAUGCUGUCUGUGGAGGCUGUUUAGAGUAAUUUUACUGAUAGAAAAAAAAAGGUUUACUUAUCCUUUAAAUAGCAAAUCACUACUCCAAGCGCACCAUUUUUAUUGUAUCCAGAUUGCUUUACGAGUUUAAGCUUUGGAUACGCUUCGUGUGCCCUUUCCCUAAGCAUACCCUGUUGGUAAUGAUAACAGUUGGAUCAUGCAGCAGACACCCUGAUAGCCUUUCCCAUUAAUAUUAGCAUGUUAUUAAUUCAAGUAGCUUUAUCUCUACAUUCUAAAGUGGCACAUACAGGUCAGGGAAAAUGUGGCUAAAGUUACAAAAGAACAAGUUAAACCACGUAAACCUCCCACAGGGGAGGCACAGAUAGCAGCGGCUUCUGCUGCAAUGGCGAGAAUGGAAUCGUUGCAGGGGCGGACCAAGGUGCAGUCCAAGGAUACAACAACAGGAAGAAAAGAGGUGAUUGAACAGAAAGAAGAGUCUAAUGUGGGUCCAAAGGAUAUUGGUACCACAAGAAAGAAGUCCAGUUCUGUUUGUACUGUCCUGUUCAGAUGCCCACUCACUGAUGAACUGCUGAGGAAAGAGGAGAGGGAGGGCCACAUUAGAAAUGUUUUACAGAGGUUGUCCACCACAGAUCCCACAUCUGCUGCCAUUCUGAAGAUUCACACAUAUAACAAAGACAGAGAAAAAGUGAAACUUGGAACUGAGACUAUAGCUAAAUACAUGAAUAAUAUAAUCAGUCACCCUGAAGAAGAGAAGUAUUGCAGAAUCAAACUGUCAAACAAGGUGUUCCAGGAGAAAAUCAGCUGUCUAGAGGGUUCCCAUGAAUUCUUUGAGGCUGUUGGCUUUGAAAAGAAGACAAUGCCUGGGCAAGAUUUACAAGAAGAAUUUUUUGUUCUGGGUGGUGAUGCACUGAAAAACCUAGAUGCAUUACAUGGGCAUUGUGAUGCAUUGCUGAGUGCAGAGCCUUUGAGACUAAGUCUGGAGAGGCAAUUGCGUAUUUUCAUGCCAUCCAUUGAAGCUGCACACUUUGACCUUCCUGAUGACUUUUUCAACCUGACUGCAGAAGAGAUAAAGAGGGAACAAAGAGAAAGGACAGAAAUGGUGGAGAGGAAUGCAGUGCUCAGAACCAAAGCAAUGCGAGAGCGUGAAGAACAGAGAGAAAUGAAGAAAUACAAUUACACUGUGCUGAGAAUCAAAUUGCCAGAUGGAUACAUCUUGCAGGGCAUAUUCUUUGCUCGGGAACGGGUGUCUGCUUUGUUUGAUUUUCUUCGUGAGCAGCUGCAAAAUGAUUGGCUUCCUUUUGAACUUCUGGCUCCAGGGGGUCACAAAGUAGAGAAUGAGCAGGCUACAUUGAUAGAGUGUGGGCUGGUACCAUCUGCACUACUGACCUUUCGCUGGGAUGAGGCUGUCAUGGCUGAUGUGGAGGCUGGGGGAGGGCAGAGUUCAGUCAGUGUAAUAAAGCCAGAGCUUCUCUCAAAGGUAGAGCAACUCACAUAGGAAAUAUCACUACAUGUCCCGCCUGAUGAUAUUCAUUUUGGAAAGAAAACAAAAAAGUGCUUGCCUGGAGUCAUUAGUUUUCAAGGCAUGUUGCAUUUCAGAUACAGGUAGGCAAUCAAUCAGCAGGGAACAUUCAAUUAUGGUUUUGUUUUUAGCCACAACUGCCCACAGGUUAUAGGUUAACCUUUGGUUAAAUAAAAGACCAGGAUCUGUACCAAAGCAGCUUUUCAGAUAAACCAAUAAGCAAGAAACAGUUUAGUUAUGAUAAGGCAAUGUAUUUCGCAACAAAUGUAUUUCUCCAUUAAACUCUAUUGAUCUAGAGGAUUUGUUUUGAAUAAAAGGUAUUUGCAUA